GAAUUCCAAUCCAUCAAACAAAUUGGAUUCUUGGUUUGGUGAUUGUUGAAUUUCAUUGUGAAUUAAUUAAUUUUAUUAUAAAAUGCCUGCUGGAGCUUCAACCAUGGAUCCUUUGAGAGAAAAAGCGUUUCAAGAUUACCGAAAGAAGUUAAUGGAACACAAAGAAGUCGAAUCAAGACUCAAAGAUAUGCGCGAACAACUCAAAGACUUGACAAAACAAUAUGACAAAAGUGAAAAUGAUCUCAAAGCUUUGCAGAGCGUUGGUCAAAUCGUCGGUGAAGUAUUGAAACAGCUCACUGAAGAGAAAUUCAUCGUUAAAGCAACAAAUGGACCUCGCUAUGUCGUCGGCUGUCGUCGCCAACUUGACAAAAACAAGCUGAAGGGUGGCACUAGAGUCGCUCUAGAUAUGACUACGCUCACCAUCAUGCGGCAUUUACCCAGAGAGGUGGAUCCUCUUGUCUAUAACAUGAGCCACGAGGACCCCGGAGACGUCACGUACUCAGCUAUCGGAGGUCUGCAAGAGCAGAUCAGGCAGUUGAGAGAGGUGAUCGAGCUACCGCUGUUAAAUCCGGAACUGUUUGUCCGUGUGGGCAUCACCCCCCCAAAAGGCUGCCUUUUGUACGGACCUCCGGGUACUGGCAAGACACUGCUCGCAAGAGCAGUCGCUUCUCAAUUGGAUGCUAACUUUUUGAAGGUAGUGUCGUCCGCCAUUGUGGACAAGUACAUAGGCGAGUCGGCUCGCCUCAUCCGCGAGAUGUUCAACUACGCGAGAGAUCACCAACCCUGCAUCAUAUUUAUGGACGAGAUUGAUGCUAUUGGCGGCAGACGUUUCUCAGAGGGCACCAGCGCGGAUCGUGAGAUUCAGAGGACAUUGAUGGAGUUACUCAAUCAGAUGGACGGGUUCGAUUCCCUCGGACAGGUGAAAAUCAUCAUGGCUACGAACCGGCCUGACACUCUCGACCCAGCUUUGUUGAGGCCAGGGAGAUUGGACAGGAAGAUUGAGAUUCCCCUGCCGAACGAGCAGGCCAGAUUGGAAAUCCUGAAGAUCCACGCCGCCCCCAUAGCGAAACACGGCGAGAUGGAUUACGAAGCGGUCGUCAAACUGUCUGACACGUUCAACGGCGCGGAUCUCCGGAACGUUUGCACUGAGGCCGGAUUGUUCGCGAUACGAGCCGAGAGGGAGUAUAUCAUACAGGAAGACCUCAUGAAAGCGGUAAGGAAAGUAGCCGACAACAAGAAAUUGGAGAGCAAAUUGGAUUAUAAACCAGUUUAAAUAUCAUUUAUUUUUAUCAUUUAUCUACUUAUACCGUCAUAGAGUUGGCAAUAAUGUAAGACUAUAGAAGUGACAAGUACAUAGAGUUGGCAAUAAUGUAAGACUAUAGAAGUGACAAGUACCUACUGGUGAAUGUGGCUACUAAUUACGCUUUAAUCUGCGAUUAUUUCGCGUUUCGCUGAACCGAUUUUAAUGCGGUUUUCAGGAAAGUGUUUGUUACACUUUGUUGAAGGUUUUAGGAAUUUAACCGACUUCAAAAACGCAGGAUUACGAUCGGAGACGGUUCUCUUUUUUGCAAAAGAUAAGUAAGUAAGUAAGUAAAUGCUUUAUUGUUCACUAAAGGAGUACAUUACAAAUAAAAACAGUACAGUACAAAGGCGGGCUUAUCCCUAAGUGGGAUCUCUUCCAGCCAACCUGACAAUAAGAGGAUCAUAUACAAAAUUGAGAGGCAAGGGUGAACAACAGUUCUUUUACUAGUAUAUAGAUAUUUAUAUUAACAGCUUUACAACUGCGUACGAUGCAAAACGACAAGUCACUUCUAUAGAUUCAUGUACAAUAAUGGUAUUUCUAUAGACUUAUAUUAUUGCAAUUUUUAAUGAUUAUUAUGCAUACUUGUGUCUAUAUUUGUCAAUAGAAUGUAGGAAGCGGUGUCUUGAAGACAAAUACAUUAAUACGAAAUAAAA